CGAGCGGAGGCGGCGAUCAAAACCGUCCCUCAGAAUAAGCAUAACAGUGGUUUACGUCGAGACGUCUGCGUUUGUUACCUGCCGACGGGCAGGCAGGCGGCAGGGCGUCAUUAAGAAAGAGCGUCCCAGUGGACGACUACAGUCUUGAAGUUGGACGAACAAGGAUUUUGACAAAGUGGCCCCAGGGGAUAUGUUUAAACUUCUUUUCAGAUCCGUUACAUUUUCCACCUGAGACUUCCUUCCAGAUCAGGAAAAAAUUCAAUUACGGGAUGAGUUUGUUUAUGUAACAUCCAGCGGACUCAGGAUCCAUCGUAACCAUGUCCCGAAAACAAAGGUCGGAUUUCCGUCCUCAUGAAAUCGUCCCACAGCCUCGCCACGCCCCGGAAGAGUACGAGCCCAAACCGGGGGAGAUGGACCUCGACACUACCUACAAACAGAACUUCGGCUCUUACCAAGUGCAGCCCGUGGCGAUAGUCCGGCCUCGGGAGAGACGGCAGGUCAAGAAAGGAAAGCUGGACACCGUGCCGACCUACAAAGAUGAUUACAGAGCUUGGGACAUUCAGAAAAGCGAACUUUAUAAACCAGAACAAACUUACUACCCCCCUACCGUGAAAUUUGGAAACUCAACCACAUUCCAAGAUGACUACGUUCCUCAGGAAACGCAGCCCAGGCAGAACUUCAAACCCAGCAACGUGGCCAAACGCCCCACGGUCCCUUUCCACGGGGACACGAGCCACCGCCUCGAUUACGUGGCUCACCAGCUGGAACCCAAGUUCGCUCGGCCGAAGGAAGUGUACAGGCCUAGCCCCCGGCCCUUCGAGGACCUCACAACCCACCGAUGCGCCUUUCGGGGGCUUUUCGGUGAGACCGCAAAAACCUGCCGACCUGCGCACGCCCGGGUGGCCCAGGAUGCUCGGUUUGAAGGGAGCACCGAGUUCCGUGAAAGUUUCCAGCCCUGGGAAAUCCGGCCCCCCGAAGCCAAGAGCGCGCAGGAGUACGUCCCUCCUGCGGGGGCCAUGCAGCUGCACAGCACCAGCCGCCUGGACUACGUUCCCUACCAGGCCCCGCGCGUCGCGCCCCUCCGGCCCGUGUCUCAGAGGAGAAAGGACAAGUUUCCUUUCCGGGGCAGAAGCACCACGCAGGAAGAUUUCCCAGCGUGGGAGAGUUCCCGCCGGGGGCCCAUCAAAAAGCAGCAGCAGAUUCCCAACCCGUCGGGAAAAUUCGACGGUCUGAGCACCUUCAGAUCGCACUACGUGCCCCACGAGCCGGUCCCCACGCAGAGCUGCAAGCCCUUAAACGCCGCCUUCCAGAGCUCUAGUCCAUUCGACGACGUGACCAUGUACUCCACCGAGUACACCCCGAAGCAGCAGGAAGUCUGCCCCGCCAGCUACCCUUCCCCCCCGGGUUACGUCUUCGAAACCACCAACUCCCGAGGUCAUAAGUUCUUCCGCAAGAUCACGCCCGCCGUGGAGGCCUCCUAGCCCGCAAGCCGUCCUGAAGAGGAGAGUGGCUCAGGGGACGCUGGCUCUCCAAGGGCAAAACCAAUGGUUUAAAGUAGAAAAAAAAAAAAAAAUUAUGAGAGAGCUAAAUACAAAUCAUCUUUAAAUUUUUUAAUCAAGAAAACUGGAAGACGUAUCACAGGAAAUCAGGAUCUCGAAAUCCAUCUUGCGUUGACACCGUCACGAAGACUGCGCUUUCGUUCGUUCGCUUUUCCAAGCCGGAUGGCGCUUCCCCGUCGGAGCUACUUUAAUCUCCGAUGCGCUGUUUAGUUCCAUGUCUCCAACCUGCCGCCGCCGAUACUUGUGUUUAUAAUUACGCCGGUUACCAUUUAUCAAGCACCCUAGAACCGCCUACACCGC